UUGAGAAGGACUGUAAGAGAGAGUUGGAGUUGGAGUUGGAAUAAAGAAAAGUCAAGUUAAAACCGGUGGCUACUUAAGGUCAAUGGGUAGUGAGAGAGGUUUUCUUCUUCUUCUUCUACUGCCUUCCUUCCAAAUUCAAGACGAUUGACUCCAAGUUUGUUGUAUAUAAUUUUCCUUUUCUUUUCACCUCCUCCUUCUCUCUCUUUCUCUCUGGGUUUUAAUCCUCCUUGAGAGCUUAAAGUGACCCAAAAUGGCGCAAAAACCGCAUGUACCUGAGUUUGGGAAGUGGCAAAAUGGAGAGAAUGGCCAAUACACAGCAUAUUUCGAUAAUGCAAGGAAGGGUAAAACUGGAGGGAAGAUGAUUAAUCCAAAUGAUCCCCAACAGAACCCAGAAAUCUUUUCAAAAGAAACACCUCAGCCUGCAGUAAAAGCUACUUCUUCUCAAGGUAGGUUUGAAACAAACACACAUGGAGGUAAGAAUCGUUCAACUGGGGAAAGUGAGGAUAUUAGGAGGCAAAAUGAUUUUCCUUCACGCCAGGAUCCUACAACACGUAGAGCCUCUGCAGAUUCUCUUUCAGACCGUAGUGAUGGUAGAGGAAGGUCUAGAGAUAAUUCAAGACAGGCUGCUCAGCGAGUUUCUGGACUUGACCGCGAAGGAAUUGAAAAGUCUCCUCGUCACCCAAAUUAUCAGGCUAAGGUUGCAGAAACAGAUAACUCGAGAAGGGCUGCACGGCAAACUGGUGGUCUUCCUGAACGCAGAGGGAGUAGUGGGUCAUCUCCGUUACCAGAAAGAAGACAAACAGAAAGUAACAAUGGGGCUGCUACAAACACUACGCCUUCCAGAAUGAAAUCGCCUGCAAAUCCUUCAACUAUACCAAGAUUAGGUGAUUGGGACGAGACUGAUGCUUCUGGUGGUGAGGCAUAUACUGGUAUCUUUGAGAGAGUGAAGGAGGAUAGAAUUGCUGAAAGGGCAAAUGUGAUUAGCAUGCCAACUCCUAAUCGCCAGUCGCAAGAACGCGUUAACGCCAAGAUUCGAUGCUGCUUCUUCUAAAGAUUACCCAUUGUUUAGUAAUCAUUCUUUCUAUCACUACUUUUAUGUCUGGUAUGUGAUUUUGUGACAUAAUGAUUUGAGAUUUUUUUUUUUUGUGAGGAAACAUUUUUGUUUUUCUUUUGUCGUCUCUUCUUCUGUUGUUUGUAUUUGUAUCCUCCUAUGUAUAUGUGUUUUAAGUAUGAUAUAGAAAUAUAUUCUUUAGUUAAUUAAGUUUUAGGUAUCGUAGUUGUUUCCACUCUUUUGGAUCUACUGGGUAUUUUACUAGUAUUUGUUGUGGCUAUCUUGUAUCAGGAACUGUAUUAAUUAUUGUGGUUGAUGUAACGUUUCUCUUUUCCCCA